CACUCGCACACGCCGCAUCUCGUCUUCCUUUCUCUACACAGCCUUGCUCCCCCCCCAAUCUCCCCCGUUCGGGCUUUCUUUUUCCACACAGAAAUAAUCUGCGCAAAACUCUGUCUCCCCCGCGCUCCUCUUCUUUUCUAAUACACCUUCUUUCCCCAUCAUGAUAGAGUCAUAGCAUUUGCGACUCCAGUCCAGUCAUUAAAAUGGCCAGAGCUCUGCCGUCGCGCGCAGACUUGAUCGACUACAAUUAUGCCGUCGCAGGGCAUGAUGGCACGCUUUCCGAUGUCGACGGCGAACUGUUCAUUAAGCCUUGCACCAUGGCCGAGAUCGCCUUCUACGAGUCCUCGCUUGCGACGCAUCCUGAAUUCGCCGAGUACAUGCCUACGUAUAUGGGUACCCUGACCCUCGACGAGAACCAGAAUGGGAAGACGGUCGAGGAAGUGGGCGCGGCUUUGAUUGCAAAACGGUCCCUACCUGAGGUCGUUGUUCCGGUCAAGACAGGCAAGAGAAUCGAGACCAACCUGGCGGUGGUACUCGAGAACGCUGCGCACGGUUUCGUCAAGCCGAAUAUCCUGGAUGUGAAGCUUGGGGUCCGAUUAUGGGCAGACGAUGCGGCAGAAGAGAAGAAGAUUCGCUUCGAUAAAGUCACAGAAGAAACUACGCAUAAAGAACUCGGCUUUAGAGUCGCUGGCAUGAGGGUUUGGCAAGGUCACGGCGCAAAGGGCUCAGACAUAGACGAAGAGGGAUAUAAAAUCUACGAUAAGAAUUACGGCCGCUUUUCUAUUCAUAGAGGGAAUGUUCAUGAGGCAUUUAAGAACUUCAUCUUCUCCGAGUCGGCUGGUAUCGAUGAGGAGUUAGGGAAGUUGGUGGCGCAGGCGUUUCUUGCAGAUGUCACCAGGAUUCAAGCGGUCUUAGAGGGCCAGGAGAGUCGCAUGUUUUCGGCAAGUUUACUCUUUGUUUUUGAGGGAGAUGGAGCAGCAUUAAGGCUGGCUAUGGAAGAAGCUAGCAGGUCUCCAGCAACGUUGGUGAACGGAGACGAUGAGAACUCAGAGGAAGACGACGAUGAUGUCGUCGGCCCAAAGAUAUACGUUGUCAAGGUCAUUGACUUUGCACAUGCUACAUGGGUCCCAGGCCAGGGCCCGGACGAGAACGCUCUGCUCGGCGUUCGGAGUGUUGCCAAGGUUCUCGAGCAUAUAGGCGGCGUUUGAUUUGCGGAGCUUUACGAUGGGCAUGGACACGGAGUUUCUGGCAUCAGCAUGGGUCAUACAAUUACGAUUGUUAUGUAUUUAGAUACCCAUUAAGAGCGACAUAGAAUCCACUCGCUGAUUUUACCUGGUAUUACAAGAUUUUGAUCUGGUGGGCAAUCCACAUUGACAGUGGAGUGAACUGAGAAGCGAUAUUGUUGUUGCACAUCGCUCAAAGUUCCACCUUU